AUGGUGAUGAUGCAGCUCUUUGAAGGAUAUAAGUUCUCAAAAGGCGAAUGCAAUGGAGGAUUGAUCACUAUAUGGACAAAUGAAAUGGUAGUAGUUAAAGUCGGAAAGGAACUGCGUGGGUCUGAGCUGGUGUCUGAUUGUCUGAAGUGUUGCGCUGAGGAUUCAGACGAUGCGACAAGCAAGGUUAUAUAUUCUGGCGCGAUUUUAGAGGUGUGCAUGAGGAAACUGGUGUUUUAUCCCGAGCUAGUCGGCUUUAUAGAGGAAGAGAAGGAUAAAUUCCCAUCGGUCAAAGUUCAAUACGCAUUCAAUACGCUUAAGGAAACCAUUAGAGUUGAUAACUGGAAACGAGAGCACAUUCUGCAGUUCCUCAAGGAGAAAGUGAAGCCAUCGUCGGAUACCUAAUGCUCGACCGACCGACGGCUGUGAGAUUUCGCGGCGACGAGCGCUGAUUUGGAUCCUGGGUUAACUGAUUGGAAGAAGAUGACUAGUGUUUUAUGGCCAAUUUUUCAAAUGGCUUUUGCUACUUUUAAUCUAUGCCAACAUACAAUGUACAUCUACUUUGCUUCAAUUUAAACAUAAAUUUGCUACUUUGCUUUUUUUUUUUAAUCCCUUGUUGUGUGGAUAUUUUAGCUAACACAAAAUGAAUCGUGUCAAGGGUGUAAUAAAGUCGAGCUGAGCUGAGUAUUGACAUGCUCAAAUUUAAUUCAUUCAUUAUAGAAUCAUGCUCGAAUUUUAAUUAAACAACGGCGUGAUCAAAUCGAGUUGAACUUAGUAUUGACAUUCAGAAAUUUGAGUUUUUCUUCUCAUACAUUCCUUUUCCCUUCUUUUUGGUAUUGAGUUCAACUUCCACAGCUGCUGAAUCCUCUUGUUUCACUAUCUUCAACAUUGUUGUCUGAAUUUUUUAGACAAAAACAUUGAAGCGAUUUGCGACAAUCCAAGCUCGUUGUUCGUCCCCACGAGCAAGCUCGUUGGCGCCUCUAGUUGAGGCUGCCUCGCCUCCAAGCUCUUCAAAAGCUCCCCUAUUACUGCCAUGGAGGUUAAAACAAUAACAGAUAGUUCAAGUUUGAUGGGAUGUAACUAACAAUAAACAACCUGCAACAAAUUAAUAGCUUUUGAAGAAAAAAUCAUAAGAACAGAACAAUAGACACAUGCUUGAGAGAUUGACAUUUAGUCCUACACAAAUUAUAUUAAUGGAUCUCAUAUAUCCUCAUGUCAUCUUGGAAUUUAUUUGAUUCUAUUAGAAACUCUUUUUCUUAAACAGAAUGAGACCUCUAUUCAAUCAGCCAUUCAUUUAUGAAGCUUAUAUGCCCCUCCAAAUCCACCUGAAAAGUAGACAAUCUUCAUCAACACAUG